UUUCCUGAGAGUUACUGAGAAUAGUUUCCUUGGAUAAACGUCGGUCAGUGUCGUUCUUUAAGUCGCUUGUACUAGAAGCACUUCUUAAUACACUAGCCAGCAUCAGCUCUGCUUAUUUUUAUUGUUAUGUCAAUUUCCAAGAGAGAGUGAUAGUAUCAAGAUCAUUGGCAAUGGCCAAGAAAAAAUAUACACUUUAUUGAGACUUUUAUGGUGCGUGCUUAAAUAUUGUAAUAGUGAUUUUUAUUGCCGGUGAAAUUGAUAUUAAAUAUCAGCAGUUUGUUGAUAAUAUUUCUCGAAUUGGACUACUGUGUGAUUUUGUUGCUAAUAUCAUUAAACGAUUAUUUAUGUCAUUCAUGCUGAGGUUGACGUGAAUCCGAAGUACAAAUCAAAAGAGGGUGCUAAUCAGGAUGAAGACUCGAAAUUUAUCACUUAUCUUCAUUUUAAUCCUAGUUGAGCUGAGUUGGGUUCACGGAAUUAUUCGUAAACUUGAUUCAUUCAACCCAGAUGAAACAUUGCAAGAAGGAGAAACAUUGAUAUUAAGGUGUCUAUCAGACUACAAAAAUAGUAUUAUUUGGUACAAAGAUGAAAAUCAGCUCAAAAGCUCACUACCAAAAAUCCGUUUGCAUAAGAAGUCUUUAGAAAUUAUGAGAGUCCAAGCUGAAGACAGUGGAAAUUAUGCAUGCUGUCUGAAGGCCGAGUCUAAGGAAAUAGUGGAAUGGCGUAAUAUAACUGUACUGGUAGAAAGAGCACAAAAUGAUGAUGCUCGAUAUCAGCUAAAUGAAAACCGGCAAAUAAUUGGUACUUUGGAAACAGUUGAUUCUGAUGAUGCAAUUAAUCAAGUGUAUGGUACCAAACCUAUCAAUGCUCUGGAAGCUCGUUCCCUUCAGUUGGAAACUGACUUUGACAAUGACAAAAGUGAAACUGGCAAUGCAGGUGAUCAUAACGACACAGUUCCUGCAAGUCCACCAAGUUUUAAUAAGACUGAUGAAAUGCAUAGUUCUGUAGUAAAACCAGCAGGAAACGUUCUAAGAUUACGUUGUCCAAGCAUUGGAAAUCCACGACCUAACAUUACUUGGCUGAAAGAUAAUGAAGAACCUAAACGUGCUGUUGGUCCCAUUAUUAUGAAUAAGUGGAUGCUCCGGGUUGAGGAUUUAGUUGUAUCUGAUGGUGGCAAUUACACGUGCAUCGUCUGUAAUAUCUUAGGAUGCAUCAACCACACAUUCAAAGUUGAUAUUAUCGAAAGUGUUCAACAUCGACCAAUUUUGACAAGAGCGCCAACCAAUACCACAGUCCUGAUUGGAGGCAAUGCGACUAUGAUCUGCGAAGUUUUGUCUGAUGCUCAUCGACAUCUUGAGUGGUACCACGGACGUCACAAAUCAUUUGAUACCGUCAACGUAACGAACUCAAGCUUACGGGUCGAGGUUAAGCGUGGUGAAGCUGAUAAUCCAGAAGUUCUUACGCUCUACAACGUGACGGAAAAGGAUGAAGGAUGGUACACUUGUAUUACACAAAACAAUUUGGGAGAAACAUUUAGCAGUGCCUACUUAUCAGUUGUUGACAGUAUCGAGCAACCAAGGAUACCAAUAACAGCUCGCCCACAAGUCCUGGUAGUAAAUAUACUCGCGAUAGUUCUUUGUAUUUUCUUUGCGGUCGGAGUUGCAGUGGUUAUAUACAUAUUUCAACGUCUGAAACGUGAAAAAAUGAAAAAACUACUUGCUAUUGAAACAGCACGUGCUGCAGUGGUUACUCAGUGGACUAAAAGAGUUAUUGUAGAGAAACAGAACUUGGUUAAUACUGAAAAUAAUCAAGAACCCUUAUUGAUGCCGAUAGUAAAAAUUGAGAAACAAAAAUCAACUGUUGCUGCUGAUGAUAGCAAUGGAGCAAGUAUUUCUGAAUACGAACUCCCUCUGGAUAGUAUGUGGGAAUUGGCACGAGAGCAAUUAAUUUUAGGAAGUACUUUGGGAGAAGGAGCAUUUGGAAAGGUUGUUCGAGCACAAACUAAUACAGGAAAACCUGGAAUACCACAUGUUGUUGCUGUAAAAAUGUUGAAAGAAGGACAUACUGAUGCUGAGAUGAUGGAUUUAGUAUCAGAGAUGGAGAUGAUGAAAAUGAUUGGUAAACAUGUGAAUAUUAUUAAUUUACUUGGCGCUUGUACUCAAGGAGGACCACUUUAUGUUGUGGUUGAAUUUGCACCACACGGAAACCUGCGUGACUUUUUGAGAGAUCAUCGACCAUCAUCAGUUUAUGAGCCAAGUGCAAUUGGCCAAGAAGGCAAAGAAAAGAAAACCCUAACACAGAAAGAUUUAGUAUCAUUCGCAUAUCAAGUGGCACGCGGAAUGGAGUAUCUUGCAAGCAGAAGAUGCAUUCACAGGGAUUUAGCUGCGAGGAAUGUGCUUGUUAGCGAUGAGUAUAUCCUAAAAAUAGCAGACUUUGGACUUGCAAGAGACAUUCAUUGUCAUGACUACUACAGGAAGACUACAGAUGGUAGAUUACCUGUUAAAUGGAUGGCACCCGAAGCUUUAUUCCAUCGGGUUUACACAACACAAUCUGAUGUAUGGUCAUAUGGAAUACUCUUGUGGGAAAUUAUGACGCUUGGUGGAACUCCCUAUCCUUCAGUACCUUCAGUAGAAAAAUUAUUUCAACUUCUAAGGAGUGGUCAUCGAAUGGAAAAACCACCUUGCUGUUCCGUAGAAAUAUACAUGGUCAUGCGGGAUUGCUGGAGUUAUUUACCAAACGAACGACCAAUGUUUGGAGAACUUGUUGAAGACUUAGACAGAAUACUAACAAUAACAGCUAACGAGGAAUAUUUAGAUCUUGGCCUACCACAAUUAGAUACUCCACCUACCAGUCAAGAGUCUAAUGAUACAGGAGAUAGUGACGAUGACGACAAUGACAAUGAAGAAAAAUUUCCGUACCUGUUAUAAAACCUGAUAUUCAUAAUAAAUAGUCGUAAUGUUGUUAAUAUAAAAAAGCACCACAAUCAUGAUCAUCAUUAAGUGAAUUUGAAUAAGUGAAAUUGAACAAGCAAGUAUACUGCUUAAGAGUUUAUGUGUCUAAAAUGUGUGAAUGAUAUAAAAGAUGUACGCCAAAUGAUUUAAAUCAGUAUUGACGACAGAGCAUAAUGAAUAAGAUUUCAAUUGUUUUUUUUUUCUAAAAUUAAUAAAAGUAAUAGAAAAAAAAGAAAUUCUUAUAAAGCAUUUAUAUUUAUAAAUUUCUUUUUUUUCGUUAUUGUUAUCAAGAAUUUAAAAAGUGCCAUUUAAAGUGCCUUUGUUGUUUGGCAUGAGAUAUUAUUGACUAAACGUGAAUAAGAAUCAAUUCAUAUUCAUUAAUUAUUGUUUUGAAUAUCGAACGAAAAUGGAAUAAUUUUUGUUUUUCAACUAGUCAAUUUAUAUACAUCUUUUUCUUCUUUUCUCAUCUAAAUAGGUUGUUUAAUUUUAUUGUGUAUUAUAAUUCUGACAGUUAGAUUGUAAUUUUUUAAAAAACUUUGACAUUCAAUGUAGUUAAAACUACGUAAACAAGUAAUUUGUAUUACAAAAUGUUCAUAUUUAUCCAUAACUAACUUUACACGUACACUUUUUAUUAUUGAUGGUAUUUUAUUUAAGUAAUUAAAAAAAACCUUAGCAAAUAUUAAUUUAAUAAAAUACAGUAUACCUAGGUAAUAGUACGUAUUUUUGUUAAUUUUUUAUUCAUUGUAUAAUUAUAAAAUAAUUGUAUGCACUGUUUGUUUAACGGCAUUAAGCACGUAGUAUUAUUAUUUAUAAAAAAUCAUUCAACCAGAAUAAAAAUGAACUAAUAUAAUUGUUAUUAAUAGUUUGUAUGUGUCCAAAAAUAAGUUAGACUCUAAGUAUUAUUGUAAAAAGUGUAAUUAAUGUGAAAAUUUAGGUGGUUUUUUUAGUAAUUAUAUCAAUUAUAAUUUACAGCCAACAUAAUAACGUAGAAAUGAAUUGUAAAUAUAAUUGUAAAUUUUGUCAUAAACAAACAAAUACAUCAAGUACAGUA